UUUAACCAGUGUCAGUAGAACACGCCCAUGAUUGUUGACAGCAGGAAAUGUUAACUUCGUAAACAUUGAUAAAGUGUUCUUAUAAAUGUCACAAACGAACUUUCCAAGACAGGGAACGCUGUGGAUAGUGAAACAAGUUCAAACUGAGCAUGGUUGUGAAUCUAAUGUCUUCUCCAAAGUUUACCCUCAUCUAAAACUCAGGGACAGCAGCCUUAAAUGAAAAUUAUCGUCAUACUAGGCAAGAACUUACUGCAGGGUAGUGAAAGGAUGGUACAGUUUUGUCAUUAAUUCUGUCAGCUGCAAGAAUUGCAGAGGAUAUACUGAACAAAGUAAAGAAAGGAUCACCAGAUGAGAAAAAGGAGGCCCUUGAUAGACUAGUCAAAAUGAGUUCAGACAUAACAUUUGCUCAUGAAUUCAUAUCAAAGCAGGGUAUCUCACUAUUAAUUUCAUAUAUGGAAGGACAGAGGGUUGACACUGUUCUGCUGCCCAACAUGCUGUCAUCAUUCUUAGAAUUGAUGGAUCAUGGCAUAAUGCCAUGGGAUGAUUUACCAGACACUUUCAUUGCAAAGGUAGUAUCUUUUAUCAACGUGCAGUCAACAACAGAUACUCGCACCCUCUCAUCAUCUCUUAGCAUUCUAGAGAAUAUUGUCUUAAACAGCCAAACAAAGUAUGGGUUAGUUGAAGAACAAGUCACCAUUCCCCACUUGUUGCAGCAUAUAUCCAAUAAUAAGAAGGUUGAAAUUCAGCAGUCUGUUUUGGCUCUCAUCAAUGCUUUAUUCCAAAAGUCUGAUGUUCAAAAAAAGAAGUAUUGGUCAGCAACAUUAUCUGCCAGGCAGUACAGAACCAUUCUAAUCAACAAUGUUCUUAUUCAGGCAGAGACUGGUUCAGUUGGAGCAGAUAUGGCUCAUCAACUAUAUGUCCUUCAACAGUUACUUCUUAAUCAGUAUGAAGAAAGAAUGAAUACUAGUAUGGAUCCAAGUGAUCAAGAUGCCACUGAUAAGAUCAAGGAGCUACGUCGUAUUGCUUUUGAAUCUGAUGGCGAGAGCAGCAAAGAUGUGACCACACGAAGGCCAGAAUAUAAAAAAGAAUACAAGAAAUUAGGAUUCAAGCACGACAUCAACCCAGCUCAAGAUUUCAUGGACACUCCACCUGGAAUGUUAGCAUUGGACAACAUGGUAUACUUUGCAAGAAAUCAUUCUGAUCAGUAUGCCAAAUUGGUUCUUGAAAACUGUUACCGAGCAGAUUCCCACGAGUGUCCAUUUGGUCGGGCCAGCAUUGAGCUGACCAAAUUGUUAUGUGAGAUACUUCAGAUUGGAGAGGUUCCAUCCGAGCAGGGCCAAACCUUCUACCCAAUGUUUUUCUCUCACGAUCAUGCAUUUGAAGAGCUCUUUUCCAUAUGUAUUGUGCUCUUGAACAAAACAUGGAAGGAAAUGAAAGCCACCACUGAAGAUUUUAGUAAAGUAUUGAGUGUAGUCAAAGAUCAGAUCAUUCGCACAAUGAACCAGAUGCCAUCUACUUUAGAUAAGUUCAGGAUCAAGAUUAACACGCUUAACUACACUGAAAUAGCAGAAAUUUGGCAGCAAGAAAGGAUGAAUAUUGAAGAGCAAGAAAUGCAAGCACCGCCCAUAAAGGAACUAAGAAGACAGUUAGAGCCAGAAAUCCUAGAAUUAAUUCAGCAGCACCGAUUAAGAUUCCUUGUUGAAGGAACACGAUUCAAGUACGCUCGUGGAAUGAAAACAAAAGAUAAGUUCCGAUACUGUCGAUUAUCUCCAAAUCAUAAGUUCUUCCACUAUGAUGAUUGUGAUGAGAAAACUGUUCCAGCUAUUGAAGACUUAGGUAAAAAGAUAAGCAUUGUGGAACUAAAAGGAAUUGUAACAGGAAAGGACUGUCCGCAUAUGAAAGAUAGAACUGGAAAGAAAGGUGCACACAACCUGGCUUUCUCCCUUAUUCUAGAAAGCAAUAAUGUGAAUGAAACAAAUAGCCUUGACUUUAUAGCUCCAGGAGAGAUGGUUUAUAACUACUGGAUUGAUGGUGUACAUGCUUUGCUACGUCAGAGAAUGCCAAGUGUAGCGACCACAAGAGAUUUGGAGAUGCUGCUGAACAUGGAAAUAAAAUUGCGUUUGUUGGAUGCUGAGGGAGUUACCAUACCUCAGCAAGAACCUCAUAUUCCCCCUCCACCUCCUAAUUAUAAUUUCUGUUAUCAGCUGUCUUGAAGCAAUAGUGCUUUAUGACAAUAUAGUCAGUAUGUGGAAUUUAGUUAAGGGUGGUCCAAAAAAAAUUUAAAUUGAUACUCUUUUAAAGAAUGAACAUUUUAAGCUUUCAAAAUGUGGGUGAUGCUAGAUAUGAAAGGAACCUUUUAUUUAAAAGGAAAAUGGUGAGAGUCAGAGGGUUUACUUUGUGUUCCAUUUUAUUCUGACAUGGAAAGUGCUUUUUUCUGCAUGUCUUUAUUAUCUAUAAAGUAAAUAGCUUUUAGUAUUCCUCAGAAGUACAAUAUUUAUUUUGUAAAAACUUUCAUCUUGGAAAUUUUAAUUUGCUAGGUUAAGGAAUUUGUAGUUCUGCACAAUUUUUAUCUUAGUAGAAAGCCCUAUUUUAAUAACAGAAGUUAUGCCAAGGAGAAAUGCAUAUGUUUUCAGUAUUAAUUUUUAUACAGGGUUAAAAGUGGUAUAAUGCAUUAUCUGAUAUGGUCAGUUCUCAAGUGACAUCUGACAUCACCGAGGCUUCCCAUUGUACUUCAUUAAUGUUCUGUUAAAUAUCUAUAACAGAAUAAAAAAUUAAUGGUAACACAGAGGGAAAGGCUAAAUUGUUGAUGUGUGAUGUUAGAUUUCUUUUGUGUCAUGGUUUGAAGUAACAUCUGUACAUGAGCCAAGGUAUGAUUAGUUUUUCAAAUCACAAUUUGCAAUAAUGUUAGUAGAGUGGAUUGGGGCCUCUGGAUACUGUCAACAUACCAGUUUUUUCAACUACUAGUGCUACGCUAACUUCAGCAGAAGCCCCAAUGCUGCUCUCCAUGUCUUCUGUCUCUCGAAUAAUAGGACAAAGAUUAAGAAAAAUCAACAACAAUAAUCAUUUAAGAUCUGCCAUUAUUUUAAAGCAUCAUAACCAAGUUCCAUUAUUUUAAAGCAUCAUAACCAUGUUUCAGCUUUCAUGUCUUCUGGUCAAAUGAUCAACCACGUUGGUUUUAGAUCGGCCAGUUGUACAUGCUACACAACUCAGAAUUAAAAAGUAAUGUCUUACACUAAGUAACCUCUCGGCCAGAAUGUGUCAGUUUAAUUUUUAUAUGAAUACAUAUAUAUUACUGUAAAAUAGGUAUUUGCACCAUACUUCUCUGUCAAGAUUGGCCUUUUACCACAAAAACACGACUCAUGUAUUGCUUCUCCAUCUAACUACAGAAAUUGGCAUAAGCAAACAGGUCCCAAUUACAUUAUUGUUGACUCUUGAUUUGUAUUUUACAGAAUAACAUAAAAUUUUUACUGUUUUUGCACAAACUUGCAUAUCCAUCACAAUUUUUUUUUUUUUGCAUAGCAAUAAACUUUGAACUUUCUUGUAGUAUUUACAAAUUUCAGAUUUUAUGUGAGAUACCCAAAUAUUUUGUUUAGAGUUGCUACUAUAUGAGGCCUUGGACCUGAAUGCAAUGAUGAAGGUGGUUGUAGAGGCCAUGUUUCCCAGGUUACUGUUGUGUUUGCAUACAUUUAUAUAUUUUCUUUCAAAUCAUAUACUAUAAUUAUUUCUGUGUUAUGCCUUGUGAAGAAGCAUGUAUAAAGGAAACUCUAUGAUCAGUUUGCAUUGUUUGUUAAAUGACAGAUGUUUUGUUUUUCUUAAAAUCUGUGCUCACUUCUUUCCCCUUAUUCUGUAAUAGGCUCUUCUGUUACAGAGUAUCAUUUGCUGUAUUAUUUUGUUUGAGUGACACAUGAACUUACUAUUCUGAUAAAACUUCAAUUCCACUUGAUGCAUUUAAGCAGUACAAUUGUGAUUUUUUUAUAGUUGUAUCACUUAAUAUUUUUCAACCAUAUCAUUCCUCAGGGUUUUUUUUUUUUAAUCAUUCCCUUUUCAGAUGUUUCAUACUAGCUAAUAAAUUACCGGAGUAGGUAAUAUUGGUGUAAAUUGUAAAAAUGCACAAUGGAAUUUUAAACAAAACAUUUAAUGGGGUACACUGAAGUCAGAAACUUCUCCUCACUUGUUACCAAAAAUUGCAAAAUGAAACAUGGAGGAUAGAAAAGUUUUUAUUUUACAGUAAAAGUUUUUAUACAAACCCAUUCAUUGUAAAAUAGGCAUUAACUGUGCAGGAUGCAUACAGGUGCAGGAAGAAAUGAUCCAAAAAGAACAGUUCCACUGAGCAACCUCAAUUUCUCCCUAUUUAGGUCCUUAUCAAAAAGCCAUUCAUUUUAAAAACUGCCCGAAUUAUUAUUUUGAUACGGUGCUGCCAGAAGUCCAUUAGAAGGGAAAAAUGUCUGAAAGUUGGCAGCAAUGGCAGGUCCAAAUGUGCACUUCUGUGCUAUACAGAUUUGCAACAGAAGGAUCUCCUGACUGGGUACUUCCAUGAGCAAAAGAGGCCCUGUAUGGGGUAUUGUCAUCAUUGCACCUCACAUGGUGCACUUGAAGGUCUUUGCAGCACCCCUUCAGUCCCAAGCUGCAACCCUUUUCAUUCCUUUUACUAUACCUCCUAUCAUAUUCUCUUCCAUCUUAUUUUCCAACUUUCCACCUUCUCCUAACAACUGUUUCAUCAUUAUUUUCAGUGUUAAUUCACCCCAUAGGUCCCAGUGCUUGGCCUUUGGCCUAAAUUUUAUUUCCCAAUUACGUAAGCAAUGGGUCAACAGAAGACUACUUGAAUACAGAUGCUCUCUAGCACAAAGUUUGUAAAGCAGACAAUUCAAGUAAAAUGCCUUUGUUGUUGUAACCCUUAAUCCAGUUUGGGGACAUGACUAGUCAUGGUGAUGAGCAGCAAAGAAGGUUAAUUUAUAGUGCUAAGUGUGGCAGCAUGAGGGUAAAAACCCUAGCAGAGAGCUUGUUGAUGCCCAGUAUCGACCCUGAAGACAUCUGAGAGCACCCAUUUACAAAAACACCUGGGUGGAUGAGAGAGUACUAAUAUUCAGAGCCCUAGUCUUGAGCAAGGAAAGAUCCCUUCAGAUGUCAGAGUACAAGGAAAGAUCCCUUCAUAUGUAAGAGUAGAGUUCCAAGAUGUGACUUCUGUAAUCAAAGACUGACCUUAAUUUGUAUGCCGAAACAGUGAAGGAUACAAGGAUGCCAUCCAUGAAAGAUUGUGAGGGAGGACCCUCCAUUACAUAGAACAUACCUUUUGUACUAUAGAAAGCAGUGCAUGAUGAGCAAAAGUGACACACCCAACAGACUUUGAAUUCUAAGAACAGUACACUGAUGUAAAAAUCAUCAAGGCAUAAAAUCACUCCCCAAACAAGGCUACACUGAAAAAAGGAA